AUGCUUGAUGACAAUGGUCCGCAGACACACCUGGGGAUCCAGAACCUGACGAUCGAGACAAUCGAGCUGCUUCUACAAAGCCAAUACGAUGAAAUGGAGAAUAUUCUUGGACGGGCCCAAGUCCUUCAGCUCCUGAAGUUCUGUCUCAGGACGUUCUUCACGUUCGAGGGGACAAUCUACAAACAGGUGAAGGGCACACCGAUGAGUCUGCCGAUUUCGGAGUUCAUCGCCAAGGCGGUCCUGCAACGAUUAGAAUCGCUGGUCUUCCAACACCACAAACCGAAGUUCUGGGCCCUGUAUGUGGAUGAUACCUUCGUCGUUAUCGACCGGGAUCAACUGCUGACAUUCAAGGAACGUUUGAACGCGGUCUUCUCUGACAUACAAUUUACGAUGGAUGAAGAAGAGAACAACCAACUGGCCUUCCUGGAUGUCCUCGUGUGCCGCAAGGAUUGUGGUGGACUAAAGACCAAAGUGUUCAGGAAAGCGACAAAUACGAUGCAAGUACCGAACUUCAACAGCAACCACCCAAUCAGCCACAAUCGCAGUUGUAUAAGGACGCUCUAUCGGCGUGUCGAAACGCACUGCAGUGAGCCGGAAGACAAAAUUGACGAAUUACAGUACCUCCGACGCGUCUUCAAAGCCAAUGGCAACCCGCGCAACUUCGUCAACCGAUGCAUACGCAAAAGGGAUGGAAGGCCUAACCGCACGGACACCAAAUCUUGGAGGGCGCUUCCGUAUGUCCAGAACGUUUCGGAAGCUGUUCGCCGUCUUCUCGCACCACUUAGGGUUGAAAAUGCACACGGACAGGAGGUAACCAUCGGGCGUCUGGUAAUGAAACCGAAAGGCCCACUGAUACGGCAUUAA